AUGAAUUCUCAAGAGGAGACAGAAGAGCAUUCAUUUGCGGAUAUAUUUAGCGAAGAUGAAGCUGAAUAUAACUUUUUGCUGUCUAAACCUGUUUGCUUUGUUAUAUUUGGGAAACCGGGGGUUGGGAAGACAACGUUAGCUCAUCAGAUAGCACAGACAUGGAAAUGUAUUCGUGUAGAAGCUUUACCAAUGUUGGAAGAACAGAUUGCCAGGGAAACUGAAUCAGGAGUUAUGUUGCAGUCAAUACUGCUCAGUGGUCAAAGCAUUCCCGAAGAACUUAUCAUAAAGCUAAUGUUGGAGAAGCUCAACUCUCUGCAAGUUUCUCACUUUGGUUAUGUUAUCACUGAACUACCAACUCUUUCAGAGGAUGCCAUGACUACUUUGCAUCAAAUAGAAUUAAUUAAAAAUUUAAAUUUGAAACCUGAUAUUAUAAUCAAUAUUAAGUGCCCUGACUACGAUCUAUGCCAAAGAGUUUCUGGGCAAAGGCAGCACGGUGGUACAGGGUACAUCUACAGAAGAGAUCAGUGGGAUCCGGAAGUCAUUGAGAAUCGUAGGAAAAGAAGGAAAGAAGCCCAAAAAGAAGGAAAAGUAGAAGAGGAAGGGGAAGAGGAGGAAGAGCAAGAAGAAGAAGAGGCAUUUAUUGCAGAAAUGCAGAUGGUGGCUGAAAUUCUUCAACAUAUAGUUCAGAGACCUGAGGAUUAUUUGGAAAAUAUUGAAAACAUUGUUAAACUUUAUAAGGAAAUAAUUCUUCAUCCUUUAGAAGAAGUAAUGGCUGAACACAAUUCCCAGUAUCUCAUUGAACUAGAUGGAAAUAAACCCCCAGAGGAGCUCUUCAUGGUAAUCAUGGACCGACUUAAAUAUCUGAACCUAAAAAGAGCAGCUGUUUUAACUAAACUGCAGAGUGCAGAGGAAGAAAUUACUGACAUAAUGGAAAAUGAUGAGCUCUUCCGUACUCUUGCAUCUUAUAAACUUAUUGCACCAAGAUACAGAUGGCAGAGAAGCCGGUGGGGACGUACAUGUCCUGUGACUCUAAAAGAAGGUAACAUUUUUCCGGGAUUGCCAGAUUUUUCUGUGAGUUUCCUAGGUAAAAUAUACUGUCUUUCAUCAGAAGAAGCAUUAAAAACAUUCUUAUUGAACCCACGUCCCUAUCUUCUUCCACCUAUGCCAGCACCACCAUUCAAAGUGUUCAUAUUUGGGCCUCAGUCAUCAGGGAAAACAACGCUUUGCCAUCUGCUUGCAGAAAAUUACAAAGGAAAGGUAAUUGACUACGCCACGUUUGUUCAACCACGUUUUGAUAAAGCCCUUGAAACAUUAGUGAAAGAUACAAUAGCGGAGGCCACUGAAACAGCCAUUAAAGCUGUAAGAGAGCGGUUAUUCAUUAAACUACAAGCUAAAAAACAAGCACAGUCAACUUUAAGAAUACUUGAAAGAGAAUUUGAAAAGAAAGAAUAUGACAAGUUCCCAUCUGAUGCCUUUAAGAGCUUAGAAGAGUCAGAGUCUUCAUUUGAUGAAGGUGCGUUCACUCAUGAACCCCCAAAAGAUGGCUCUUUAGAAGACAAGGAAGACAAAAAGAGUUCAGAAAAUGUCCUCGAUGAUCAAUCCUCUAAGACCGAUGAGUCUCUAGCAGGAGACCCUGGUGAUGGAGUGUUAGGACAGCAGUUCAGGAAGCAGAACUGGAAAAGCAGAGGUAGAGGAGCCAAGGGCAGCAGCCGGUCUUCUGUCUUGUUAGAGGAGGGGAUGAAUACUUAUAUUCUGAUGAAGCCUGUGAGCCACGGCAGCCACACAUUAGAAGACUCAAUAGAAGACGUAACUGCAGAGCAUCCAGAGGUUCUUUCUAUGAUAGAGGAGACUGUGAAAAUGACAAAGGACAUGAACUUUGAACAGCCAUAUGAAAAGCAUGCUGAAAUCUUAGAGGAAAUCAUCAAAGAGGUAGCUGAAGAAAACAUGAAUAGGUUUUCUGGUGCCCCGAAGUUUGGAGGAUGGAUACUGGACAACUGCCCCGUUAUAAAAGAACUGUGGAUAGUCUUAGUCGAGAAAGGAAUUAUACCUGAUUUAGUAAUCUGUUUAUCAGAUACAGAAAACAAUGGGAAAUAUUUACUUAAUAGACUGUAUUUAGAGAAUAAGACUGAAGUUGACUCUAAGAUUUUAGAAAGAUUAUUAGAUGAUCUACAAAAGAAAAAAAAAGAGGAAGAAGCAGCAAGAAAAGCCACUGAAGAAGCAUUGAGAAUAGAAGAAGACCAAAGGCUUUUGGAAGAUAUGAGUGAGAAAUCAAAAGAAGUAGAAGAGGCUGAACUGGAGGCUGACGAGGUGAUUGAAAUUGAGGAGCCUGACGUUCAGGAAGGUUCUGAGGCCUUGGAGGUAGCCGAGGACACCAAGGGAUCCUUACCUGAGGAGUCUGAAGCACCUGAGGUCCCUGAAACAGAACCUGAAUCAGUAGUUGAGCCUGCUGAGGAUACCACAGUUGGAACAGAAAUUUCAAAAGGAUCCAAAGAUGGCCUGGAAACUAAAGAAUUAUCUGAAACAGUUGUACUCCCUGAGUUUCCAGAAGAUGCUUAUCCUGAUGUUCCUGAAAUGGAGCCAAUUAAAGAGAAGAUUAAACAUUUCAACUAUAUAUGGAAACAACUGGAAGGAACAAUCAAAGAGUCAUUCAUUCAAAUUUUAAACUUGGAGAUUGCUGACAAAACUCCAGAGGAACUACUUCAAAAAGUAGUGGAGACUAUGGAAAGACCCUUCCAGUAUGUUGCAUGGGAGUUAACUAUGGAAGAUUAUGAUGAAGAAACAGAAGACUAUCAGGCAGAAGCUGAAGCUGAUGAGGAGAUAGAAGAGGAAGAGGAGGAGGAAGAAGAGAAUGAAGAUAGAAUUAAAGAGAAGAGAAGGCACUUGGGAGAUACAAAGCACUUUUGUCCUGUGUUUCUCAAAGAAAACUUCAUCCUACAACCAGGCAGCACAGAAGAAGCAGCUAAAUAUCGAGAAAAGAUCUACUACUUUUCAAGUCCUGAGGCUAAAGAGAAGUUUCUGGAGCAUCCUGAGGAGUAUGUGGCUCAUAAAGAACCAUUAAAGGCUCCUCCAAUAAGAAUAUGCCUUAUUGGCCCCCAUGGUUCUGGCAAAACUGUCUGCGGAAGACAGUUAGCGGAAAAAUGGGGCAUUUUCCACAUUCAGUUUGAAGAAUUUCUUCAAGAGAAACUAAUGCUCAAAACCGAAAAGAAAAUUGGAACUGAAUUUGAGGAAGAUUCUGAUGAAGAACGGUUUGCAAAACAAGAACUUGAAGAACUUGCAAUUCAGGCCAAUGUCAAGAUUGAAGAAGAAAAUACAAAGAAGCUGGUACCUACAGAUGUACAAUUUACAGAAGAAGAAGAAGCAAUCAAAUUAAAUCUAACGGAAAAUGAGCCAUUACCUCCUGAAAUUCUUGAAACAAUUCUUUCUGAGUGGUGGCUUAGGGAACCAAUACGUUCCACAGGUUUUAUAUUAGAUGGAUUCCCACGGUAUCCUGAGGAGGCUCUGUUUCUGGGAGAACGUGGAUUUUUCCCAGAUGCUGCUGUUUUUAUACAAGUUGAUGAUCAAGAUAUUUCUAAUCGACUCCUUCCUUCCCAAAUCGAAAAGUGGAAAGAGAAACAAAAGAAAAAAUUAGAACGGAAAAAUCUCAUCAAAGAACUGAAGGCAAAAAUCAAGGAUGAUAUGAUUUCUAAAAGAAGGGCUGAACUUCUAGCAGAGAGAGAAAAAAGACAUAAAGUGGAGGUUGGCAAAGAAGAUGAAGAUUUCAGUGAAGAAGAGCCUGAAGAAGAUGAAGAUGAUAUUGAGAACAUCCUGGAAGAUGAAUUUCCAAAAGACGAGGAAGUAAUGAGUGAGGAAGACGAAGAACAGGAGAUCGAGGCACUUGAGCGCCUGCGAGGCGAACUGGGAGAAAAAUUUGAAGCAGAUAUGAGUAAUUUACAAGCAAUCCAGGAUGAAUUUGAGAAGCUUUUGAUACCAAUAAUUCUCAUCAAUGGAGCUCGGAAAAUCCACAUUGUACAAUAUAAUAUGAAUAUGAAACUGCAACCACUGGUGGAGAAUCGUGAGAGCAUUUUUGAAAAAUGUUAUCCGAUAACAUCACACCUCGCCCAGAAAAUGCUCAGCUAUACCUAUAAGUAUAUAAGCGCGUUUGGCUACUGGGACCCUGUAAAGCUAAGUGAAGGAGAGACCAUCAAACCAGUUGAAACUUCAGAGAAUCCAGUCCAUGCUGUAAUCCAUCGUCAGUAUAUUUAUUUUUUAUCUAGUAAGGAAACAAAAGAAAAAUUUAUGAAGAACCCAAUCAAAUAUAUCCGCCAACCCAAACCUAAGCCUACUGUGCCCAUUAGGAUUAUGAUUCUGGGACCUCCAAAAUCUGGGAAAACUACAGUGGCCCAAAAACUUUCAAGCGAAUAUGGCUUAAAGCGUCUGUCCAUAGGGGAAGCUCUGCGCUAUGUCUUAAACAGCCAACCAGACACAGAGCUGGCGCUCAUGCUGAACUGGCAUCUGCAUAAAGGAAUGACGGCGCCCGACGAACUGGCUAUUCAGGCCUUAGAGAUCUGCCUGAUGGGGAGUGUGUGUAACACUGCAGGUGUUGUCAUCGACGGCUACCCUGUAACUAAGUAUCAAGUGAGUCUCUUGGAAGCUAGGUCAAUCAUCCCCAUGGUCAUCUUUGAGUUGGAUGUGCCUUCCAAGGAGAUUUUCAAAAGAUUGUUCCUGGAAAAUAAAAAGGAGCAAAGUUUGCCUUACCCACUGCACAACAGCACACAGAUUACAGCUGUCAAAAACUCAAAAUACCGCAAAAACAUUGAUGAGAUUAGGAAAUAUUAUCAAGAACAGCAUCAGAACUGGUAUGUGAUUGAUGGAUUUCACAGCAAAUGGUGGGUAUGGAAUGAAGUCAUUAAGAAAGUUCAUAUGGUGAAUAAACAUAUGCAGAUAUACCUGGAAAGAAUCAAAGCAGGAAAAGCUGCGUGCAUUGACAAGUUAUGUAUCACACCUCAAGAACUGAUUUCUCGCCUGGGCGAAUUUGGACAGUUCUGCCCUAUCAGCCUGGCAGAAUCACAUGAACUAGUCGAUUGCUCUGUAACUGACUCAUUGGAAUUUGCCGCCGAGUUCAGAGGGCACUAUUAUAAAAUGAGUUCUCAGGAAAAUCUGAAUAAAUUUUUGGAGAACCCAGAAUUGUAUGUGCCUCCGUUAGCCCCUCAUUCACUCCCACCUGCUGACAUGAUCCCCAAAAGGCUGACACUGUCAGAACUGAAGAGCCGAUUCCCCAAGUGUGCGGAGCUGCAGGGCUACUGUCCGGUGACCUAUCAGGACGGCAACCACAGAUAUGAGGCCCUUGUACCUGGUAACAUUAAAUUUGCUUUGGAGUAUCGUGAUCGUAUAUAUAUUUGUGAGACUAGAGAAAAACUUGAGAAAUUUUUGAGGUUGCCAGAGAAAUACUGGAGCCAGAAGCUUCCCUACAAACUGCCCCCGUUGAAGGAGCCCAUCCAUCUCACGAGCCUUCCUUUGCCUGGAUAUCUGGAACAGGGUAUCGCAACCUCACUGAUUAAAGCAAUGAAUGCCGCAGGGUGCUUAAAGCCCAAAUUCCCCUUCUUGAGUGUAAAGAGAUCUGCACUACUAUAUAUAGCAUUUCACCUAAAAGCCUUCAAUCCCCAAAGUUCUGAAUAUUCAAGAAGGAAGUAUAAGAAGAAGUUGGAGCAGUUUGUGGAGAGAUGUGAACUCAUCACAUACCUGGGUGCCAAGAUGACCAGAAAAUACAAGGAACCUCAGUUUAGAGCCAUUGACUUUGAUCAUAAAUUACAGACCUUUCUCUCCCUUAGAAAUAUAGACCCAGUUAAUGGAUAGUUUGCUUGGGCAACUGCAACCAGGAUGUCAAGAGUUAUCUGAAAGGGGUAGAAGGAAAUAGGUUG